CCAUUAUCCACACCCUCUUCCUCCUUGGUCACUCUGUCUGUGUGUAGAGACGAGGCUAGAGCAAGAGAGAGAAUGGCAGUCGCUGGUCUGCAACUCUCGGCUCCCUCAGCACAUGGCCAAGGCCAAGUCUUAUUAAGUUCAGCAAAGUCAUCUCUCUUCUCGGCGGCCCCACUCCGCUUCUCACUCCCCGCCUCUGGAAGAGAAUCAUUUUCUCGGAAACAGCUCGUUGUCUUUGCUCGGAGACUUUCGGGCUUGGAGGAAGCCAUGAGAAUUAAAAGAGAACGUGAGAGUCAGCAGCUUACACCAAAGGUUAAAAGAAGGCCGCCAUUGAGGCGUGGAAGGGUAUCGCCAGAACUUCCUGUUCCAGAUCACAUUCCAAGGCCUCCUUAUGUUGGUUCAUCUGAAUUGCCAGAAAUUGCCAGUGAACAUCAAAUUCCUGGUUCUCAAGGCAUUGCUGACAUGAGAGCUGCAUGUGAGCUUGCUGCUCGCGUCUUACACUCUGCAGGAAAGUUGGUUAGGCCAUCAAUAACAACUAAUGAAAUUGACAAAGCAGUGCACCAGAUGAUUAUUGAUGCUGGUGCUUAUCCCUCCCCUCUUGGCUAUGGGGGAUUUCCAAAGAGUGUUUGUACAUCUGUUAAUGAGUGCAUGUGCCAUGGAAUACCUGAUUCUCGACAGUUACAGAGUGGAGACAUUAUAAACAUAGAUGUGACGGUCUACCUAAAUGGAUAUCAUGGAGAUACAUCAAAGACAUUUCUUUGUGGGGAUGUCAGUGAUGCAAUCAAACAACUAGUGAAGGUAACUGAAGAGUGCUUGGAAAGGGGCAUAGCAGUUUGCAAGGAUGGUGCUAGCUUCAAGAAAAUUGGAAAGCGAAUUAGCGAACAUGCUGAAAAAUAUGGUUAUGGCGUGGUGGAGCGUUUUGUUGGGCAUGGUGUGGGGACUGUAUUUCAUUCUGAACCAUUAAUAUUACAUCACCGCAAUGACCAGUCUGGUUGCAUGGUUGAAGGUCAGACAUUUACCAUUGAACCCAUCCUUACUAUGGGAAGCAUUGAGUGUAAAACAUGGCCGGACAAUUGGACAACACUAACCGCUGAUGGUAGCCCUGCUGCACAGUUUGAGCAUACCAUUCUGAUCACUAGAACUGGUGCUGAAAUUUUGACAAUAAGUUAAGAUGGUAAAAUUUCUCCUCCGGCUACUGGAAGAAAAGAAAAAACCAGAAAAAUUGUGCCAGAAUUUUGAAACUUCAACACAAAAUCACCGACCAUUUUGUCGAACACUAGCAUUCCUGUUGACUAUCCAAGUCCCUGUCUCUGUCUCUGUGGCGGUGCAGCUCCAACCUUCAACACGUGUUUCAGCACGGGGGAAUUUUCCCACCUGAGUCAGCCAGCCAGUCAACUUCGAAAGUUUGAAGCGCAACUUCCUGUCAUGCUCAUGUCUGUGUUUGACCAGUCGAAAAUUGAAUCACAAAAUGACGCUACUGCAAUUCUUGAAUAUGCACCUCAUCAUUCCAAGCCAUGACAUUUUUUGGGUUUAGCUUCAAAAGUGCUUAACAUUGAGAUUUUCAUUGUAAAUAAAUAAUCGUUGUUCCCUACAAACCACCCGACAUUUUACUUCAAAAAAUCUGCUUUUUGAAAGUCGGAGAUUUUAAGUAGACUCAUAAAUUAGCUUUUUGGGAGACGUGAUUGUAAAUUGAUUGCAACAAAAUCUAUUUUUCCUUGAUGAUGAUCAAGAAUCCAUGUGAGAAACGCCCUCUAAAUAACAACCAAGCAUCCUUUGGACAAACAAAAUCUAUUUUUCCUCCGAAGAGGUCUCAACAUGCCGACCACUGUGCAACGUCGUCCGCACCAUUCCACUUUUCACACAAGCAGAGAAUCCACGUGUUCAAAAAGCAAUAUUCUAAAAAGCAAUUCAUAUUAUAUAACUCCCACUAUCUCCGCUUCCUAAUCAUAUAUCUCCCACUACUUUACCAUUUACUUUCCAUCUUCCCCUUCCUUCAACCUCUGGGAUUCCUUCUGCCAUGG